GUAUGAUAGUAUAUCAGCUGGAUCGCAUGUCUCAAAUAUACCGCCAUGCUCAUAUUGAAAUCAUGUCUACCCAGACGAUCUCAGCGCUCCUGUUUCUUGGCUUGUCUUUCGCAUCCAAGUGCGCCAAUAUCGUAACUGCCCUGACUUUAGACAAGACACCGCGAAGUGUCAAUGCGCUGGAUCCAUACCCUGGCAAACUUCGAGUCACUUUCAAUGAGAAUAGAACAUUUAAGAUUACAGUUUUCUCUGACCUGCAUUUUGGCGAAAAUCCUUGGGAUACAUGGGGCCCAGAGCAAGACGUGAAUAGUACGCGACUUAUGCGUACAGUCCUCGCCGACGAAAAACCGGAUUAUGUGGUACUCAACGGUGAUCUCAUCACCGGAGAGAACACUUUUAGAGAGAACUCGACAAAGCUCAUUGAUGAAAUUAUGUUACCUAUAAAUGAAGCCAAUGUCAAAUUCUCGUCUACUCACGGAAAUCAUGAUAAUCAAGCCAAUAUUACUCACCUGGAAGAAAUCAAGCGCGAACUUCUUGUCGCUCCAAACAGCUAUACGCGUCUCGCUCCUCCUGGGGUAGGUGGUGAAGAGGGGCCAGGAAAUUAUUGGGUUCCGGUGUACACAACUGCGAGUGAUGCAACGCCUUCUCUGAUACUUUGGUUCUUUGACUCUCGUGGUGGUUUUGUUGAGGGAUCUGGAACAACACCGGUCCCUGAUUGGGUUGAUGUUUCAGUCGCGGAAUGGAUUGAGAAAGAGUCAGCGGAAAUGGUUGACGCGUGGGGUCCAGCUGAGGAAAGAAGUGCGAUAGCAUUUGUGCAUAUACCACCUCAUACUAUACAGGCGUUGCAACCGGGUCUAAACAGCACAAGGGAUCCCGGACUCAAUGCGGACCUGCUCGGCUCGGGAUCGACACAAGCAACGACAGAUGCUUCCAAUGCUGGCAAGGAUGAUCCAUUCUGGACAACGCUCACCGCAAACGUGAAAAAUUUGCAUGUAGUCAUUUCUGGACACGAUCAUGGAAACGAAUGGUGUGUUCGUGAGCCAACACAGGAUGUUAUUUUCUGCUUCGACAAGCAUUCUGGUUAUGGUGGAUACUCGGGAGACGGAUGGGGCCAUGGCGUUCGAAACGUCAUUGUCCAGUCUCCAGAGCCAAACAGCACUCUGGAUACGUGGAUUCGCCUUGAGGACGGAGAAACUAGAGCCAGGGUCUUGCUUGAUAAGAAUUAUCAGUGAG